AUGAGUUGGGAAGGUUUCAAGAAGGCCAUCAAUAGGGCCGGUAACAGCGUUAUCAUUAAAAAUGUUGACAAGACUAUAGACAAGGAGUAUGAUAUGGAAGAGCGUCGUUUUCGUGUAUUGCAGAAGGCUGGUGAAUCAUUACAAAAGGAAGCCAAGGGCUAUCUGGAUUCACUACGUGCAGUGACGGCUUCUCAAGUAACUAUUGCUGAAGUUAUUUCCAACCUAUAUGACGAUUCCAAGUACAUUAGUGGUGGAGGCUACAAUGUGGGUAACUACUAUUUACAAUGUGUCCAAGAUUUUGAUACGGAGACCGUUAAACAGCUUGAUGGUCCAUUUAGAGAAACUGUUUUGGAUCCUGUGACCAAAUUCGCUACAUACUUCAAGGAGAUAGACGAAGCAAUUAAGAAAAGAGAGCAUAAGAAAAAGGACUACGAUGCGGCCAAAGCAAAGGUAAGGCGAAUGAUCGAUAAGCCUGCGAAGGAUGCAUCUAAAUUGCCAAGAGCCGAGAAGGAGAUGGCAUUAGCCAAAGACAUAUACGAAAAUUUGAAUAAUCAGUUGAAGACAGAGCUUCCACAAUUGGUGUCUUUGAGAGUACCAUACUUUGACCCUAGUUUUGAAGCUUUAGUUAAGAUACAGUUACGAUUCUGUACAGACGGUUAUACCAGGCUUGCACAAAUUCAGCAAUAUUUAGACCAACAGUCCAGAGAUGAUUAUGCUAAUGGUUUGUUAGAUGACAAGAUAGAAGAGUUACUUCACCAAAUGAUGGGAUUAGACAUCUGUGCACUUGGUCUAAAAUAG